AUGGCUUGCAGUCAAUCAAGCAAAUUCUUCCCAAUUUUGAACAAUGUAGCUCUUCCGAAAGACAGUUUAAAAGACAAGCUAGCUCUUGUCACUGGUGGAGGGACUGGACUCGGCAGGGCUAUUGCUAAAACUUUUGCUUCUCUUGGUGCAAGAGUGAUCAUCGCUUCACGAAGACAAGACGUUCUUCAAACAGCAGCCACGGAAAUCGAGCGAGAAAUCGGAGCCAAGGCUGGAUCAAUUCUUGUGUGUCAGCUCGACGUAAAAAACCCUGAUGCUAUCAAGACAACUAUUGACACUAUUGAAGAAAAGACUGGAAGAUUACCAAACAUCAUCGUCAACAAUGCUGCUGGAAAUUUUGUGUCGGCUACAGAAAGGCUUUCUCCAAAUGCUGUGAAAGCAGUCGUUGAGACCGUAAUGCUUGGAACAAUGUAUGUAACAUUGGAAAUCGCAAAAAGGGCAAUCAAAAGAGGUGAAGGAGGAACAGUGCUCUCAAUCACAACUCCCUAUGCAAGGCAUGGUGGUCCAUUUACCGUUCCAUCCGCGAUUGCUAAAGCCGGUGUUGAAAAUAUGACAAGAUCGCUGUCUACAGAAUGGGCUAAAUAUGGAUGGCGAUUCAACGUUAUCGCGCCAGGGCCAAUUCCAACUGAAGGAGCAUUCGGUCGUUUGAACCCUGGUUCGAUGGAAGAUGGGGUCAAAGCAGCUGCCGCGACGGUCCCAGUUGGAAGGACUGGGACACCAGAAGAGUUGGCCAAUUUGACUUCAUACAUCUGCUCGGAUUACUCUAGUUGGCUGAAUGGAGCGUUUAUUGACUUUGAUGGGGGACAACAAUGGUUCAAUCACGGCAGUUCGAUCGCAGCACGCGCUCUUCACGAUCUUUCCGAGAAAGACUGGGAUGAAGUUGAGGAGCUUAUCCGCGGCCGUACCGGCAAAACAAAGUCCAAAAGCAAAUUG